AAGAGGAGUGCUUGGUCUUUCUUCCGUGAACGUAACUAGAAGAAAGAAGUAACUAUGGCGGACACUGCUCCAGCCGCGCGUGGAGGCUUUCGUGGAGGAUUUGGUUCUCGUGGAGGAGGUGAUCGUGGAGGAUUUGGUUCUCGUGGAGGAGGUGAUCGUGGAGGUCCACGAGGCAGAGGUCGUGGAGGUAGAGGACGAGGUCGUGGUCGUGGACGUGGUAAAGAAGACAGCAAAGAAUGGAUUCCAGUGACUAAACUUGGACGUCUUGUCAGAGAUGGAAGGAUUGAAUCCUUGGAACAUAUUUAUCUUUUUUCUUUACCAAUCAAAGAAUAUGAGAUUAUUGACAAAUUUCUUGGAGUUGAAUUGAAAGAUGAAGUCCUCAAAAUAAUGCCUGUACAGAAACAGACUAGGGCUGGUCAACGUACACGUUUUAAGGCUUUCGUAGCUAUUGGUGACUAUAAAGGUCAUAUUGGUCUAGGUGUUAAAUGUUCCAAGGAAGUAGCUACUGCCAUCCGUGGUGCUAUCAUUUUGGCUAAACUUUCUGUUGUGCCAGUACGACGUGGUUAUUGGGGAAACAAAAUUGGUGAUCCUCAUACAGUACCCUGUAAAGUCACUGGCAAGUGUGGAUCAGUUCAGGUGCGCCUAAUUCCAGCACCACGAGGUACAGGUAUCGUUUCAGCACCUGUGCCUAAGAAACUAUUACAGAUGGCUGGUAUUGAGGAUUGCUAUACUUCUGCAAGAGGAUCUACAUGUACUCUUGGUAACUUUGCUAAAGCUACCUAUGCUGCUAUUGCCAAGACCUACGCGUAUUUAACACCAGAUCUAUGGCAUGAUCAAGCAUUAAGAAAAGCGCCAUAUCAAGAAUUUGCAGACUUUUUAUCUAAAAACCAUAAAGUCAUGGGUGGACAAAGACCAGCUAAAGUGGUUUGAAUAAUAAACCUUCAUGCAAAGUA